CAGUAAUGACAGUUGACAUUACAUAACAAAAUACCUUUUAUAUGGUUCUGGUGGUGAAUUAAUUUAAUUUUUCCCCCAAAUUGGUAGGAAUUGGUAGUCGCUUUUCGAUGGCAAACCGAAUAUUCUCAAAAAUUGCCGUAGCCAAAAAUGGAUACUCGUCAACAGCUGUCUGCCUCAGAGCGCUUUCUGCUGGCCCACCUCCGGGUACUCCACCACCACAGACCAAAACAAAAUUCGGGCCCUUAGCUGAUGAAGACCGAGUAUUCACAAACUUGUAUGGCAAACACGACUGGCGCCUUAAAGGAGCCAUGAAACGAGGCGAUUGGUAUAAGACAAAGGAAAUAUUGGUGAAAGGAGCAGAUUGGAUCAUCAAUGAAGUAAAAACCUCAGGGCUGAGAGGCAGAGGAGGUGCCGGGUUUCCUAGCGGUAUGAAAUGGUCCUUUAUGAACAAGCCCGGCGAUGGUCGUCCAAAAUAUCUUGUUGUCAAUGCUGAUGAAGGUGAACCAGGCACUUGCAAAGACAGAGAAAUCAUGAGACAUGACCCACAUAAACUUGUUGAGGGUUGUCUUAUUGCUGGAAGAGCCAUUGGAGCUAAAGCUGCAUAUAUCUACAUCAGGGGUGAAUUCUAUAAUGAAGCUUCUAAUAUGCAAGUGGCUAUUGCAGAGGCAUACCAAGCAGGCUUUCUUGGUAAAAAUGCUUGUGGAUCUGGCUAUGAUUUUGAUGUCUUUAUGCACAGGGGUGCUGGGGCAUAUAUUUGUGGAGAAGAAACUGCUCUGAUUGAGUCAAUUGAAGGUAAACAAGGCAAACCUCGUCUAAAGCCUCCAUUCCCUGCUGAUGUUGGUGUUUUUGGUUGUCCAACUACUGUGAACAAUGUUGAAACUAUUGCUGUUUCUCCAACAAUUUGCCGUAGAGGAGGUGCUUGGUUUGCCUCUUUUGGAAGGACCAGAAACUCUGGAACAAAAUUAUUUAACAUUUCUGGGCAUGUUAAUACACCAUGCACAGUUGAGGAAGAAAUGAGCAUACCAUUAAAGGAAUUAAUUGAAAUUCAUGCUGGGGGUGUUCAAGGUGGUUGGGACAACUUGCUGGCCAUCAUUCCAGGUGGUUCUUCAACACCACUUAUACCAAAAAAAGUGUGUGAAGAUGUCCUUAUGGACUUUGAUGGUUUGGUUGCAGCUCAAACCAGUUUGGGAACUGCAGCAAUUAUUGUCAUGAAUAAGCAAACUGAUAUUGUUAAAGCCAUUGCUAGAUUACUUAUGUUUUACAAGCAUGAGUCUUGUGGUCAGUGCACUCCAUGCCGAGAAGGUGUCCAUUGGAUGAACAAGAUUAUACACAGAUUUGUUGAUGGUAAUGCCAAGGUUGAUGAAAUUGAUAUGCUAUGGGAAAUCAGUAAGCAAGUAGAAGGGCACUCAAUUUGUGCUUUGGCUGAUGGUGCUGCUUGGCCUGUUCAAGGACUUAUAAGACACUUUAGACCUGAACUGGAGAAGAGGAUGCUUAGUUUCGAGAGGGAGCAUAGUAAACAAAGGGCUGUAUGCUAAAUAUUGGGGGUUAUUAAAUGUGUAUUAACAUAUUUAUGAUGUAAAUAAAAAUGUUAGAUAAGUUGGA